AUGGUCAACGUUCUCGUAAUUGGAGCCACUGGCUACAUUGGUCAAGCUCUCACUCAAAGUCUCGUUCGCAGUGGUGACCAUCGCGUUUUUGGUCUCGCCAGAACACCCGAGAAAGCCAAGUCCCUCGAGCGUGAUGAAGUCAUCCCCAUCGAAGGUAGCAUCUCUUCCACCACAGCCCUGACGCAAGCCAUUGAAAUCCACCACAUCAACAUCGUAGUCGACGUCGCCGGCGCAGACAAAGAAUCGCACAAUCUUCUCGCCCUCCUCAAGGACAUCGGCGGCGAGCGUCUCACAGCAGCAUCCAAAGCCGGAGUCCACAUUCCCAAGCUCGGAUUUAUUUACUGCGGAGGAACAUGGGUACCUGGCUCGUCCAACGCCCCAGUCAAUGACUUGAUGCCAGUCGCAGCACUCAACGCACCAACACCUCCUGUAGCACUGACUUCCUGGCGUCCUGUCCUUGAAAGAGAGGUUCUCGCGUCUUCGGAUAUCCUCGAUGUGAUGGUCGUCCGCCCAGCACUCGUUUACGGUCGAUCAUCUGCAAUCUGGACAUCUCUCCUCGAACCCAUCCACGCCGCUGCUAAGAGUGGCUCAAAGACGGUAUCUGUUGCUGCAGAACUUGAUUCCAGGCCAGCACUCGUGCAUGUCGAUGACGUCGCAAGCGGUUUCCACGCUGCCAUCGACAAGCUCCCUUUGAUCUCAGGCACUGGCGUAUAUCCUCUCUUCGAUCUCGUCACGAGUCAGGAGAGCAUGCGCGAUAUACUGGCUGCUGCGGGUAGAGAAUUCGGCUUCAUGGGCACAGUGCAAUUGGCUGGUGCUGGAGAAGAUCUGUUUGCCCAGGCUAUGGGCUGUAGCGCAAACGCUACUUCUGGACGAGCAAGGCAGAUUUUAGGAUGGCAGCCGAAGAAGUAUAGUUUUGUUCAGGGGAUGGAUGUCUAUGCGAAGGCGUGGCUAGCAGGUCAAUAG